AUGCCCGGUAUCGUCUCGGCUACCGGCGUUCUCGCCUUCCUUACUGACGAGGAGCCCGAACUCAAGGUCUUCGCUCUGCAGACCCUCAACGACGAUAUCGAUACCGUCUGGACUGAGGUCGCUGCUGUGUUGACACAGAUCGAGGCACUCUACGAGGACGAGUCGUUCCCUGAGCGUCAACUCGCUGCUCUUGUCCUUGCCAAGGUCUACUACCAUCUCCAAGCCUACAAUGAUAGCAUGGUCUUUGCCCUCGCCGCCGGUGAUCUUUUCAAGCUCGAUUCCCCCGGCGAGUUCGAGGAGACCAUUAUUUCUAAAUGCGUCGACCAGUACAUCGCAGUGAAUGCUGCGAAGAAGGCGGCUCCUCAGGCUUCAAAGAACACCGACCUCCCCGAGUUGGCUACUACCUUCGCGAGUGGCGCCGAGGGUGCUGUCAUGUCUCCCACCACACCUUUUUCGCAGACAACACUACCUCCCAAGUCUCUUCUUUCCCGUGACUCGAUCGACAACACGAUGGUUGAGGCCACCUUCCAGCCUGCUUUUAAGCAAGGCCGAUCUGGCUCUAUCGCUGAGCUCCCCGACCAGGCUACCAGCUCGCUUCAGAGGGUUGUUGAGAGGCUUUUCGAAAGCUGCCUAGAGCAGGGUCGCUACAGGCAAGUGGUGGGUAUUGCGGUUGAGGCCAAAAAGCUCGAUGUUCUUCGAAGCGUCAUCAAGCGCGCUAGCGAUGACGAGAAGAAGGCUAAGUCUAACCCUCUCGAGAACUCUCCUGGCCCGGCAGAGGAUCUCAUGGAGUACACAUUGGGUGUUUGCAUGGACAUCGUUCAGGAGAGGGCCUUCCGAACAGAAAUUCUGAGGCUAAUUCUCGAUCUCCUCAACGAUAUUCCCAACCCGGAUUACUUUGCCAUCGCGAAGUGUGUCGUUUACCUUAACUCAGAUGAGGAAGCAUCUCGCAUGCUGCGCAGUCUUGUCGAAAAGGGCGACCGUUCUUCCAUCGCCAACGCCUAUCAAAUUGCUUUCGACCUUUACGACAACGGUACACAGGAAUUUCUCGGCAAGGUUCUUGCAUCACUCCCAGCUAGCAAGCCUGUCAAGAAGGAGACAGACGAGAACGGUGAACAGUCCAACGAGAGCGAAUCUCUGAUGCAGAAUAAGCAGGAAGACCCCGAAGACGAGCUCCCUGAACCAGUAUCCAAGGCCUAUUCCAAUAUCCGAGAAAUUCUUGAUGGCAGCAAGACCAUCCGUCUCAACCUCGAGUUCCUCUACCGCAACAACAGAACCGAUCUGAGCAUCCUCAACAAGGUCCGCGACAGCCUUGAGGGCCGAAACUCCAUCUUCCACACUGCGGUCACGUUUUGCAAUGCCUUUAUGAACCAAGGAACCACAAACGACAAGUUCUUCCGCGAUAACUUGGAGUGGCUGGGCAAGGCAGUCAACUGGUCCAAGUUCACGGCGACUGCCGCUCUCGGUGUUAUUCACCGCGGAAACCUUUCUCAAUCUAGAAAGCUCCUCGAACCUUAUCUUCCCCGACAAGGUGGCCUCAGCAGUGGCUCUAUCUUCAGUCAGGGAGGUGCUCUCUACGCCUACGGACUGAUCCAUGCCAACCAUGGAGCCGAUGCUCUGGACUACCUAAAGGAGCAGUUUGGUCAGGCUGAGGAGGAGGUCGUUCAGCAUGGUGGUGCUCUGGGUCUGGGUAUUGCUGGCAUGGCCACUGGCGACUGGGAAACUUUUGAGAAGCUUCGAGAAAUCCUGUUCCAGGAUUCUGCACUCAAUGGUGAGGCUGUUGGCUUGGCCAUGGGUCUCAUCAUGCUUGGCACCGGAAAUGUCAAGGCUCUGGAGGAUAUGAUUACAUAUGCGCACGAAACCACUCAUGAGAAGAUUGUCCGUGGUCUUGCUAUUGGUAUGGCACUUAUUAUGUUUGGCCGCCAAGAAGGAGCCGAUGUUCUUAUCGAAGGACUUCUCAACGACCCUGAUCCCACGCUGCGAUACGGUGGAAUCAUGACUGUUGCUCUUGCGUACUGCGGCACCGGUAGCAACAAGGCUAUCCGAAAGCUCCUUCAUAUUGCUGUCAGCGACGUCAAUGAUGACGUCCGUCGUAUCGCAGUCAUGAGUCUGGGUUUCAUCCUCUUCCGCAAGCCUGGAAGCGUGCCUCGUAUGGUUGAACUCCUCUCCGAAUCAUACAACCCUCACGUGCGAUACGGUUCCGCCAUGGCUCUGGGUAUCUCAUGCGCUGGCACAGGUCUUGACGAGGCCAUUGACCUGCUCGAACCUAUGAUGAAGGAUCCCACAGACUUUGUCCGACAGGGUGCCCUCAUCUCUCUUGCCAUGAUUCUUGUUCAGCAGAACGAGGUUAUGAACCCCAAGGUCUCAUCGAUCCGCAAGACUCUGAAGAAGGUGGUUGGCGACCGUCACGAGGAUGCCAUGACCAAGUUCGGUGCUGCUCUCGCGCUUGGUAUCAUUGACGCUGGUGGCCGCAAUUGCACUAUCGGCCUCCAAACCCAGACUGGCAACCUCAAUAUGGCCGGCAUUGUUGGCAUGGCUGUGUUCACACAAUAUUGGUACUGGUUCCCCUUUACCCACUUCCUGUCGCUAAGCUUCUCUCCCACUUCCAUCAUUGGACUUGAUCAUGACCUUGAGAUACCCAACUUCAAGUUCCACUGCGCUACACGACCUAGCCUCUUCGAUUACCCUCCUGAGCAAGAAGUCAAGACCGAAGAAGGUCCUGCCCUGAUUGCCACCGCAAUUCUAUCAACAACUGCGCAGGCCAAACGACGAGCCCAGAAGAAGGAGCGCGCUCAGCGAAGAGAGAGCAUGGAAAUCGACACCGCCCCCUCUAAGAGUGGUGGCGACAAGAUGGACGUGGACGAGGACAAGAAGGCGGACGAGGCUAAGGAUAAGAAGGAAGAGCAAGAGAAGGAACCGGCUGCUUCCACCGAUACCAAGAAGAAGCCCGAAAAGGAGAAGGUUGGCUACGAAAUCGAGAACAUGACCCGAGUUCUUCCUGGUCAACUGAAGUAUGUCAGCUUCCCCGCUGGCCGAUACAAGCCCGUCAAGAAGCCUACUGGUGGUCCCCUGCUACUGCUUGAUAGCGAACCCGAGGAGGAGAAGAGUCUACUUGAGGAGAAGCUCAAGAAGGUCACCACGGAACGGGCCCCUGUGGCUGGUCAACAAACUGGACGAGGCGGACGAGGCGGGGCUCAGCGUGCUGUGCUUGAUAGUCUUGCCGAGUCGAGAGGAGGAGCCAACAGCGCUAUGCUCGGACAGUUGCUUCGCAACCAAGGUCGAUCGCCAUUUGGUUUGCUCGACGCUGAGCCCCAGACUCCUGGUGGUAACGCCUCAGGCGCUGCCGCUGCUGCAGGUGUACUGACCGCUGUCGAUGAAGACUCGGAUGACGAUGAAGAGGCCCCUGUUCCUAAGGAGUUCGAGUACUUCACCGAUGCUGGGGAGGAUGACGACGAAGAUGACGAGUAG